CGGCCUGGCGGGCAACGAGCGCGCCGGGAGAGGGUGUAAAGCAGGCAGAGUGACUGGGACGCCCACAGUCUCGCGUGUACUCCGGUAGGGAACGGUAGUGGUGCUGUUAGUACGUCUUCACAUUCUUGAGUAACUCGCCAGGCAUCUACACAGUCGGCUUUCCUUGCCAGGUGUCUGCGUUGUGUUACCGCGCGAACCUGUUCCCUCGAGGGAAGGCAGAACUCAAGCGGAUAUCUAAACCUCUCUACAUAUGAUGUCUUUCUUGUUAUUUGAAAUUGUUUGACCCGAAGCCCCUUACAAUUUGUUUGCCGCAAGAGGAAUGACAGUUCUAAUUUAUUUGUAAACUCCGCGUUUGACAAAAGAAGCGAGUCCCAAGCCAUAUAAACGGACAGUGAUAGUAACAACAGUAAAAACAUUACAUCUGAGGAAUUGGGCAACGGUUCUGAAUGGGUGUUUCUACUAGGUGACCCGAAGUGCCCAAGGGCCAAAAAGUACCAGACCCCUUGACUUCAGAAGGAUACUGUUUUGGUCUGACGUAAUCUGACAGAACACAGGUGUCUGCGUGUAUGUGUUCGUAGAGUAGUCACGCCCUCUUGUUAUAUAUUUAGUCCCCGCUACACCCACGUGCUGCUGCGUGCCACUAUGGGACAGCUUUCCGGGGUUGGAUCACAGAAAAGCAUGAUUCUCUGAUAAUUACACAGCUUGAACAAUGGACACUUGUCAGUUGUGAGACCAUAUUUAUAUAACAUAUUAUUUAAGUACAAGAAGAGAAAGCACCUUCUAAGCUAUUGUGCAUGAAACGAGUGUUUUGUUUUGUUUAGUUGAAAACAGUGUACAGCCCUGACCAUGAUCACAAGAAAUAUCUUUAAAACAAUAAAUCGGUGAUAAAGACACGCUUAGCAAAAGCACCUUCCAAGGACUAAAGAGGUGAUCGUCCGAGACUGUCAACGGGAAGUUAGCCGGCGAGAGAGCUGUGACGAAAAUGACGGUAGAAACCAAGACAAAGACUCGGACAGUGUCCUUCGGCGAGGAUCAACAGAGCGAGUGCGAAGCAGGACGCGAUGACGUGCGCGACGGAAUUCCCUACGACGAUGACGAGGACGACGCAGCCUCCGUCACGUCCCUGCCCGCCGAGCUCCCCCCUCCCCCCGACGGAGGCUGGGGCUGGGUCAUCGUGUUGGUGUCCUUCCUCUGCAACGCUAUCGUGGACGGCGUGGCUUACUCCUUCAGCCCCUACAUCGACAUCCUCUCCAAGCAGUUCGAUGCACCCAAAGGAAAGGUGGCGUGGAUUCCGUCCCUCCUGGCUGGCGUCUACCUCAGCGCUGGCCCCAUCGUCUCGGCCCUCAGCAACAAGUUCGGCUGCAGGAUCGUCUGCUGCGUCGGCGGCCUGGUGGCUUCGGUCGCCUAUUUCCUUACCAUUUUUGCAAACUCCACCGAGUACCUUAUGAUAUUCCAAGGAUGCUGCGCAGGUAUUGGUUUCGGCUUGAUCUACCUGCCGGCGGUGGUCUGCGUCGGCUACUACUUCGAGUCCAAGCGCGCCCUGGCUACGGGUAUCGCGGUCUGCGGCUCGGGUAUCGGCACCAUGAUCUUCCCUCCCUUCAUCAACUACAUGAUCGGAGAGUACUCGUGGAAGGGCACCAACCUCCUCAUCGCGGGACUGAUUCUCAACUGUUGCUGGUUUGGGGCUCUCAUGAGGCCUCUGGAAGUCCCCAGGAUGAAGAAGAAAGACCUCCUUCAGCGCCUGGCUGAGGAGAAGCGGGCGACCAUGGCAAGAGGGUCGAUCUGUGAUCCUAAUAGGGAGGCAAAUGCUGACCCAGGAGUGCACUCCCACCUCAAUCUCUCCGGCUACCUGACACCAGUGGGCACAACCUUAGCCCUGCCAACCAUCCAAGAGACCCAGGGCAACACCCCUCCUGACCAGGAAGCCCCCAUUGCGGUCACAGAUGCUGAAGAGGUUUCCCCGACGACCCCUCCAGCCGCUGAGCAGGACACAACUGAUGAACGCCAGAACUUGGUGAAUGGAGCAAAGGCCUCGGCUGUGCCUGCACGGAUGGCAGCUGCGGCCAAAAUACCCCGCAAUUGCUCCCAGCCAGUGAUGGCUCGAGACCCAACCAGACAGAUACCCAAAAACGGAUCCGUCCCUAAUUUUGAACGUAAAUUAUCAAAAGUUGAUAUUGCAAACCAUAUGAAGGUGGUCCCAGCCACCCCAAAGGCAUCUUCCACAAACCUGCGUGGCCUUGGCUCGCAAGAGAUGAUGAGGCGAGUGUCAUCAGGCUAUGGUCGUGUCAACUCAAAUAAUUCCUUUGUUGAUCCUGAAAUGGCUGGGGCACUUCGACAGAGACGUUCAUCUUCAAAAUCAAUGAUGCUGCGCCCUAUGUCACGUCACGACAUUUUCUACUCUGGAAGCAUUGCAAAUCUAAGAGAAUUCAAGUCUCAAGAGACCAUGCUGUCCUAUCGUGAAUCAGCUCUCAACCUUCAAGGAACAGGAGCCUCCAAAGUGGUCAUUGAUGCUCUUGACGGACCAGAAGAGGAAAGAGGCCUGUGUUCUUGCCUUCCUGAAUCCAUGCGAGGAACACUCAGCCAGAUGAUGGACUUUAGCCUCUUGAAGAAUCCAGUGUUCCUUAUGAUCGGUGUGGCCAAUCUCUUUGGUAUGCUUGGCUUCUACACACCUUUUGUAUAUCUUCCAGAUGCAGCUAAGGAAAAGGGAGUGGAUCCUGACUAUGCUACUUUCUUGGUCUCCAUCAUUGGUAUUACAAACACCAUUGGUAGGGUGUUGUCAGGACUCAUAGCUGACAUACCAAAAGUCAGUGCACUUUGGGUCAACAAUAUCUGCAUCAUCCUCUCUGGCAUUUGUGUCUUCCUCACCCCUUUUGCCUCAUCAUACGGAGCCUUUGUCACAAUUUCGCUUUUCUUCGGGUUCUUCGUUUCUCCGUUCAUCGCCCUCACUUCCAUCAUCAUAGUGGACCUGCUGGGCCUCAGGCAGCUUACCAAUGCCUUUGGUCUUCUCUGUAUCUUCCGAGGAGUGGCUGGAAUCUUGGGUCCUCCAGUAUCAGGUAGCAUAGCUAUCCACCUCCCUCUCCUCCACCAAGCUGGGUCUUGCAAGGAAGUAUCUAUGAUGCCACAAAGAACUAUGAUGUGUCAUUCUACUCAGCGGGUGCACUGCUCUUUGUGUGCGCUGGUCUUCAUUGCCUUGUUCCAUGUGUCCAGCGCAUGUGUGAUGAAAAUGGGCCGGUGGGAUACACCACUAAUGAAGAGUGGCAGAUGGAUGCUGUGCCAGAAGAAGACGAAGAUGAAGGUGCUGUCUCCCCUGACACUGGUGAAGGCAUUGGCAUUAUUCUUGACAUCAAGCCAAAAAUUACAACUGUCCUUCAUCAAGAUAGUGGUGAAAAUAAAAUUGUACUCGACAGCACACAAAAUGAAAAAGGAAAGGAAAUCGUUUCAUCCCUGUGAAACCAAGAGCUUGUUUCUGCCUGAUGGAAAAAAAAAAAAAAAAAUCAAAUGCAGUUUAGCAUUCUACUGAAAUUCAACUGCUUCUGUGAAUCAGAGCUUACAAAUUCAGACAGUUAUGUUUGUGUAUUCACUCUUGCCAACAAUUCACGUUGCUGGACAACCUGAUGGUGCAUUUUGCACUCAUUCAGAAAGUGGUAUGUGAUUCGCUGAUGCUGGUCUUUCACAAUAUAUGUUCAUUAUAACUUAGAUGUUUGGUGUUAAUGUGAUAUAGAUAAAUAUUUUUAGUGAAUAUAAUCAUUUUUGCAGAGAUUGAGUUCUAACAAAAAAUGGAGCUCAUGAAUAAUUAUGGUACUUCUUUUUCCCAGACUUGUAGGAAUUUGGGUCUAUUUCUAUUUCAACAACAUAAGAGAAGACAAAAAUACGUGAAAGAAUAUUAACAACCUAAAUAUUUUUGGGAUACAUUAUAAAAUCAUUGACAGGGCAAGAAAAAAAAAAAAAAAAAAUGGAUUUU